AUGUGGCGCAUAACGCUAUUCUUCAGAAAUAUCUACCUCCGAAUCACCGUGAACCUUCUACGAGCCGUGUUCAAACUAACACGCCCGGCACCAAUUCCAAGCCAAGCCCAUUCGACUCUAAACAUCCCAAGUCGAGAUGUCGGCCGAACCAUCACAGCAAACUUAUACACAAAAGACGACCCAUCUCCAUCACUCCCACAACCAGUCCUGAUAAACUUCCACGGCAGUGGAAUGAUAUUCCCAGCCUUCGGCUCCGACGAUGAAUUCUGCAACCACAUUUCCCAAAAAACAAACUACACCAUAAUAGACGUGAAAUAUCGUCUAUCUCCCGAAAAUCCCUUCCCAGCCGCCGUGAACGACGCGGAGGACGUCAUCCGAUGGGUCCAGGGACAGCCACAGAAAUACGAUCUGACCCGAUUGAGUAUUUCCGGCUUCAGCUCUGGAGGAAAUCUCGCCAUCGUCACCGCAACCGCAAUCAUGCCCAAAUUUACAUUCCGAUCCGUCUUGACUUUUUAUCCUGGCGUGGAUCUGGCCUCUGAUCCAGCGGGAAAGUUCGCUCCUGAUACUAGUGCGGGAAAAGUGAUUCCGGCCCGGAUAGCGCGAUUUUUUCAUCGUUGUUAUAUUCCCGUUGGUGUCGAUGCGCGGGAUCCAAGGAUUUCUCCACUUUUCGCGGAUCUUUCGGGGUUCGGGUCGAAGUUGCUUGUUGUCACUGCUGCGAGGGAUAAUAUGGCGCCGGAAGCUGAACAGUUUGUUUCACUUGUUAAAGAGCAGACUGGUCGUGGGGAUGAUGAUGUUGUGCUUUGUAGAAUGGAGGAGUGUGAGCAUGGUUGGGAUAAAACUCCGAGUCUUGGACCUGUGCAGGAAGAGGCUAAGUGGAGGGCUUAUUUGAUGGCGAGAGAUAUGCUCAGGGAUUAA